AUGUGGAUUCUUGAGUGGUUUCAAGAUGUUUUAGCUUCUUUAGGAUUAUGGAACAAACAUGCCAAGCUGCUAUUUUUGGGUUUGGAUAAUGCAGGCAAAACGACAUUGCUCCAUAUGCUAAAAAAUGAUCGUAUGGCCACUUUGCAACCGACUUUACAUCCCACAUCCGAAGAGCUUUCUAUCGGUAAUGUCCGUUUCACUACAUUCGAUCUUGGGGGUCACCAACAGGCUAGAAGAUUAUGGAAAGAUUAUUUUCCUGAAGUCAAUGGCAUUGUCUAUUUAGUUGAUGCUGCUGAUUCCGAAAGAUUUGAAGAAUCAAAGGCUGAAUUGGAUGCUUUGUUUGCCAUCGAAGAGUUGGCCAAAGUGCCAUUUUUGAUUCUCGGCAAUAAGAUUGACUCUCCAAAAGCUGUCAGUGAAAAUGAAUUGAGACAUUUCUUGGGUUUGUACAACACAACCGGUAAAGACAGAGUCCAACUUACCGACACAAGACCGGUUGAGGUUUUCAUGUGCUCAAUCGUCAUGAGACAAGGUUACGGCGAAGGAUUCAGAUGGUUAUCACAAUACAUUUAA